AUGCGUUCUGAAGAGAGUGAACGGAGUGUUCACAAUGUUCUCCAGCCAAAACACGCUGGCUCUGUCCUCCAUCUUCCCAAUGCACGUCGUCCUACAUGUUGCACAAAUGAGAAUGACAGUGGUAGCAACGGGGAAAAUGACAAGAGAAACGUCUGUGUUUUUUUGGCUUCAAGGAGGAAGGGUGAGGAUGGGUUUGCAGAGGAAUGA